AAAUGUCGUUAAUUCAGUUGGGCUUUAGGAUCCGAAUAAAAUAAAUUUGCUUGAGACCUUAUGAAGAAAAAAGUUAAGUAUUGAAAAUGCGUGGGAUACUAAUUCUUCUUUUGUGCCUUACCGUGGCCUCUUUGGUUAUGGGCAAUGAGUACGUCUUUGGAAAGCGCGAAGAAGAUGAUUUUACAAUUACCGAGAGAAUUAUUAUAAAGCCAAAAAUACCCGGUAAAAAGGCAGUAGUCAGAGCUGGAGCUCAUACAAAAGAUGUAAUAUCUUACAUUCGAGUAAAAGAUUUGCAUAAAUACAAUUCAACAGUUAUAAUAAAAGAUGGUGGAGUAAACUUACAGAAUGUCCUUUUAUUAAUCAUUGGAAAUGUGGGAGAGGGAUUACUUGUACGAUUCGAAGUUCGUGGAGUGACAAAAAAUACAACAGAACCUACUACUAGUGAAGAACCAACUAGCAGUCCACCUACCGAAGAACCAAGUAAUAGUACAACUACUGAGGGACCAACUAAUAGUACAACUACUGAAGAACCAACCAGCAGUCCACCUACCGAAGAACCAAGUAAUAGUACUACAACUACUGAAGGACCAACCAGUAAUCCACCUACCGAAGAACCAAGUAACAGUACUACAACUACUGAAGGACCAACCAGCAGUCCACCUACCGAAGAACCAAAUAAUAGUACUACAACUACUGAAGGACCAACCAGCAGUCCACCUACCGAAGAACCAAGUAACAGUACUACAACUACUGAAGGACCAACCAGCAGUCCACCUACCGAAGAACCAAGUAACAGUACUACAACUACUGAAGGACCAACCAGUGGUCCACCUACCGAAGGACCAACCAGUAGUCUACCUACCGAAGGACCAACCAGUAGUCCACCUACCGAAGGACCAACCAGUAGUCCACCUACCGAAGGACCAACCAGAAAUCCACCUACCGAAGGACCAACCAGUAGUCCACCUACCGAAGGACCAACCAGUAGUCCACCUACCGAAGGACCAACCAGUAGUCCACCUACCGAAGGACCAACCAGAAAUCCACCUACCGAAGGACCAACCAGUAGUCCACCUACCGAAGGACCAACCAGUAAUCCACCUACUGAAGAACCAAGCAGUAGUCCACCUACCGAAGGACCAACCAGUAGUCCACCUACCGAAGGUCCAACCAGUAGUCCACCUACCGAAGGACCAACCAGUAGUCCACCUACCGAAGGACCAACCAGUAAUCCACCUACCGAAGGACCAACCAGUAGUCCACCUACCGAAGGACCAACCAGUAAUCCACCUACCGAAGGACCAACUACCAGUGAGCCUACCGAAAAACCAAUUAGCACUACAUCUACUGAAAUACCCAUCACCAGUACUACCGAACCACCAAGCAUUAGUGUGUCUACCGAAGGAUCAGGUAGCGGUACGUCCAGUGAACAAAAACCAUAAAUUAAUCUUCGAAUAAGGCGGUAAUGGAGAAUUUACUAACUGAUCCAAACAGCAGUGCUCUCAAUAUUUUAAGCAAUUGAAUUAGACAAAAUAAGAGAAAGAGAGAGAGAGAGAGAGAGAGAGAGAGAGAGAAAAUAUAA